AGCCCGACUCUGGCCCCCGAGGAGGAGGAGCAUGUCCGGGCCCCCAGCGGCCACCAUCAGGCCGGCCGAUGUCUGCUCUGGGCGUGUAAAGCCUGCAAGAGGAAGACCAGCUCGGCCGACCGGAGGAGAGCCGCCACCAUGCGGGAGAGACGGCGACUCAGCAAAGUCAACGAAGCCUUUGAGACCCUGAAGAGGUGCACCAGCCCCAACCCCAACCAGAGGCUCCCGAAGGUGGAGAUCCUCCGCAAUGCCAUCCGAUACAUCGAGAGCCUGCAGAGCCUCCUCCGCGAUCAGGAACCCUCAUACUAUCCCAACAUGGAGCCCUACAACGGCGACUCCGACGUCUCCAGCCCCAGGUCCAACUGCUCCGACGGCAUGGUGAGUACCAGGGGUGAGGGAGCAAUAAGCUAUCUAUUAUCUAUCUAUCUAUCUAUCUAUUAUCUAUUUAUUAUCUAUUAUCUAUUAUCUAUCUAUCUAUCUAUCUUCUCCAGCCUAGACUGCCUGUCCAGCAUUGUGGAGAGAAUUUCCACAGAGAACCCCGGCUGUGCCCUUCUGCCAUCUGCGGAGAGCAGUCCCUGUUCCCCCCUACAGGGGGAGACACUGAGUGACAGGAGCAGUGCUAUCCCCUCCCCCAGCACACAGAUCCCCCAGGACAGCAGCAGCUCCAUCUACCAGGUCUUAUAA